CCGUCGCGCAACACGUCCGUCUCGCCGUCGUCACCGUCGCAGCCAGCCAUCGCUGUCGCAGAGAAAACUGUAGAAUGGGCGUCGUUGAUUUCCUUCCGUUCAGGACUACUCCUGCGUCGCAUGUCUUGGUGACGGACUACCCCGUUUUCACCACUUUUCUCCUCGCCUUGGGUGCGCUCACGUUCGGAAAGUUCGUGUUCAAGUUCGCAGGAGUGUUCUUGCAGACGUUCAUUCUUCCAGGAAAGAGUCUCAAAAAGUAUGGCGCGGGCAAGGGAGCAUGGGCUGUGGUCACUGGAGCUUCUGAGGGUAUUGGACGCGAAUAUGCCCUGCAGCUGGCGAAGAAGGGUUUCAACGUCGUGGUUUCUGCGCGUAACAAAGUUGCUUUAGAUGCCCUCAUAAACGAAAUCCAAUCUAUUGAGGUGUCAGGCAAGAAGAUGCAAGCCUGCGCUGUGGCCAUGGAUUUCUCGAAGGUUGAUGACGUCGCUCAAUGGUCUCGCUUUGAGACGGCUCUUGAGGGCCUCGACAUCGGUGUUCUCGUCAACAAUGUUGGAAAGUCCCACUCGUUCCCCAGUGACUUUGUUGAUGCCCCUGUGGAUGAAGUUGACAGUAUCAUCGCUGUCAAUGUUAACUCGCUGCUGAAGGUCACCCGCAUUGUCCUUCCCGGUAUGAUCAGUCGCCAUCGGGGCCUGAUUCUCGCGAGUGCCUCCUUCGCCGGCGUCUCUGUCGUCUCUCCCAUGCUCGCACCGUAUGCUGCAUCCAAGGCCUUCCUGGCAACCUUCAACUCCGCGCUCGGUUCCGAGGUCAAGGGCAAAGGCAUCGACGUCGAGACCGCCAACACGCACUUCGUCAUCUCGAACAUGUCAAAGAUCCGCAAAUCCACCCUGCUCGUCCCGCCGCCGAAGCUGUACGUCAAGGCUGUCCUCGCGAAGAUCGGCCUGCCCUGUGGUGCGCUUUUCACCGGCAGGCCUUUCACUAGUACCCCGUACUGGAGCCACGCGCUCUUGGACUGGUUUAUCCAUGUACUUGGCUGGAGGUCUGCUAUCGCGGGCGUCGUCCACAACAUGCACCGCGAUAUUCGCAGGCGUGCCCUCAGGAAGCUCGAGAGGGAGGCUAAAAAGCAGUGAACACGUCUGCAAUAUCGGUUGGUUCCACACGUGUCUCGAUAAGUGAUUAGCCCUGGAUCUGUAUACCCAGUGUGAUGCAUAAUAUAUUAGUGCCGC